UCCACGUACUGCGCCACGGUGCAGCAGCACUGCGAGAGCGUGGGGCGCAGUGCGCACGUGGUCAACCUCGACCCCGCCGCCGACGAGUUCAAAUACAACGUCGCCAUCGACGUGAGGGAGCUGGUGGCGCUGGAGGACGUGAUGGACGAGCUCAAGCUCGGGCCAAACGGCGGCCUCAUCUACGCCAUGGAGUAUCUGGAGGAGUCGUUGGACGACUGGUUGAAGGGGCAGCUGGACGACUUCCAUGACGACGACUACCUUGUCUUCGACUGCCCCGGGCAGAUCGAGCUGUACUCGCACGUGCCGGUGCUGCGCACGUUCGUGGACCAGCUGAAGCGCUGGGACUUCCACAUCUGCGCCGUCUACCUCAUCGACUCCCAGUUCAUGAAUGACGAGGCGAAGUUCAUAGCGGGCAUGCUGGCGUCGCUGUCAGCCAUGGUGCAGCUGGAGCUGCCGCACAUCAACGUGCUCACCAAGGUCGACCUGCUGCACGACAAACACACCAUCGAAAAGUACCUGGAGCCAGAGGCGGCCAUGCUGCUGGCGGACCUGGAUCGCUCCAUGCCGCCGCGCUUUGCCCGCCUCAACCACGCCAUCGCCCAGCUGGUGGAUGACUACAGCCUUGUCAACUUCCUUCCGCUUGACAUUUCAGACGAAGACAGCAUCCAGUACGUGCUGUCGCAGGUGGACAAUGCCAUUCAGUUCGGGGAGGAUGCUGAUGUCAAGAUUAAGGACGACCCCGACGCUGACUGGGAAGGCGACUGA